AGCCUUGGGGCGUUGUGGAAAUCGUCGAGGAUCGAUGUAAGAGUUUGUAUUUGAGUUCUUUUAACCAACCGGUCUUCGUGUUUCCAAUUUAUAUUUUUUUUUUUGUUUUACCUAUAUACCCGCGAGAGAGAGAGGUAGAGAAAGACCUUGACCCUCACACCUAAACCUCAAAAACCAAAAUUCGUGAAAAGUUUUUGACCAAAAAAAGUCUGAUAUCUUUUUAGCAAUCAGAUUCCUUUUGAAACUUUCUGGGUUUGGAGAUUUUCUUCAAUCAUUUCUUAUUAUAAUAUAUUUUAUUGUAUAAUCAUCUAAUCUUUUAAAACAAAAUCUACUGCGACGACGAUCGGCGAAGAAUCACAAACAAAAUAAGAAUGGGGUGUUGCGCGAGCAAUACAGCUGGUGGUUCUAAGGCUAAUCGGAUCUCACGGUGGCGAUCCACCGGCAUUGUUGGUCUCCGCGACUCCAAAUUGAAGACAUUUCCGGAUGAAGUGAUUGAUAUGGAGAGAGCAGUGCGAACACUCGAUCUAACUCACAAUAAGAUCGCUGAUGUACCUGGAGAAAUCAGCAAGUUAAUCAAUAUGCAGCGUCUGUUAAUAGCUGAUAAUCUAGUUGAGCGCCUUCCAGGGAAUCUAGGGAAACUUCAAUCUCUCAAAGUUUUGAUGCUUGAUGGAAACCGCAUCAGCUGUUUGCCUGAUGAAUUGGGUCAGUUGGUACGGCUUGAACAACUAUCAAUCUCCAGAAAUAUGCUCAUAUACUUGCCUGAUACUAUUGGUAGUUUGCGCAAUCUAGUGCUGUUGAAUGUCUCGAAUAACAGAUUGAAAUCCCUUCCUGAAUCAGUGGGGAGUUGUGCUUCUUUAGAAGAAAUACAGGCUAAUGAUAACGUUGUUGAAGAGCUUCCUGCAUCACUCUGCAACCUGACUCAGUUAAAGUCGCUUUGCUUAGACAAUAAUCAAGUGAACCAGAUUCCAGAUGGGUUGCUGAUACAUUGCAAGAGUCUGCAAAAUCUUUCUUUGCAUAACAAUCCCAUUUCCAUGGAUCAGUUUCAGCUGAUGGAAGGAUACCAAGAAUUUGAAGAGAGGAGAAAGAAGAAAUUUGACAAGCAAAUCGAUUCGAAUGUGAUGAUGGGCUCUAAAGCACUUGAUGUAGGCGUUGAUAAAUGAAUCUUGUCUUCAACAUCUUCUUAGUUCGUUGGAUCGGUGAAUGAGGGUCAUCGAUUUGUGUAAGAUAUAUUGUUGUAAAACUCUCUAUCUCUCUUCUGGAAGAUUUAGAAUCUCUGUCACUGUAACUCUCAAAUUUUUAUGAACACACACAUACACAUUCACGCAUGUACGUACAUAAAUAUAUAUAUAUAUCAAGGCGUGUAUGUGUGUGUAUAUGUAUCUGUGUGCGUGUGUGUAUACAAAACAUAUAGGCAAAUCGAUUCUUGCCUUUUGCCCUAUUUACUGUUCUGUCUUUAAAACACACUAAUUUGAUCA